UAUUUCUACACAGAAUUGCAGACAUGCCAUACUUGAAUUUAGAUGGACCUGAUUUGCAACCUUCCCGGGAUCACAUCUUCCACGUGCGCUUCCCAUCGGAAUGGAAAUCUGUUGACCUCUAUGAUCUCUUCACUCCAUUUGGUAACAUCAUGAUUAGUUGGAUUGAUGAUACAUCAGCUAUGGUCGGCUUAAUGAAGAAAGACAGAGCAUCACAAGUUAAGAGUUCCAUCGAAAAGAGCUCCCUCUAUCAAGUAACACCCUAUUCAGACUACAAGAAAUCACAGUAUAUGGCUGGAGAUUUCAUUCCAUUUCCUGCGUUCCAGGAAACGCCCUCUGCCGAGGCGAAGACACCAAAAAGCCCUCGCGGAAAGAAGCGCGUUCUAGAUGAGUCUCCGGACCAAUCGUGCGAUUUUGACCCAGAGGUUGCCAGUUUCAUGUCAAGCACAGCCAAGAAGCAUAAACAGAUGGAUCCAAAUGCUGCCCCCUUUGUAUCAAGGAGGAGUGUGACUCCACCUACCUCAUCUUCAGGAGGCCUAAAGCUAGACAGAGCCAACAGUGAGGAUAAUGAAGCUGCAGCUAAGGAACCAGCCAAGCUCUUUGAAGAAUCGGCCAGUUGGUGAGGAGAUCCUUCACACGAGACGGAAUUGCAAAAAAAUGCAUUUCACUGAACAACUUGAUCCCAUUGUGCCUGAGACUUCAUGUAUGAAGCUAAGAAGUUCACAUGACAGUCAUUGAUGGAUAGAUGUCCAUCAAGCUAAGAGAUGUUCACACGACAGUCAUCCUUGAUGGGACGAUGUUUAUCAAGCUGAGAGAUGUUCACACAACAAUCAAUGUGUAUCAAGCUAAGAGACGUUUACACGAUAAUCGUCCAUGGUGGGAAGAUAUGUAUCAAGCUAAGAGACGUUCACACAACAAUCAUCAAUACUUUCAAAGUGUCCCAUCUGUGUGAGACAGAUAGAUAGGAAGAUGACUGUGAAGUGUAGACCUGUGCCCCGUCUUACAAAGAGUUAUGAUCGAUCCAAUCAAUCGUAACUCUAUGGAAAUCUAUCAGUGUCAUAAUUUUUCAGGAUAUAAUUUACAGGAUAUUUGCACAAUGUCCUUUGUAAACAAAGAGAAGCACAGUGAAUUUCCAAGAAAACAAUGCAUGAAUAUGGAUCAUAAUUAGAAAAUAUUUUGAACAAACGUGCAUAAUAGAUGUUGAUGUUGCUAGCCUUCCAUAGUUGCGAUUGAUCAGAUCAAUCGCAACUCUUUGUAAGACGGGGCCCAGGGAUCCGUCUUACAAAGAGUUACGAUUAAUCUGAUCAAUCUCAAGUAUAUGGAAAUCCAUCAAAAUCAUAAUUUUUUCUCUAGGAAAUUUGCUCAUUCUCCUUUGAAAUCAAAGAGUAGCAUACUGAAUUGUCAAGAAAACAGUGAAUAUAUGAAUUAACAUCAUUUCUAGAAAAUAUUUUGAAAGAACAAGUAAUUUUAGAUGUUGACGUUGCUAGAUUUCCAUAGUUGCAAUUGAUCGGAUCAAUCGUAACUCUUUGUAAGAUGGGCCCCUGUUCACACCACAUUUAUCAACAUUUCACUGAACUUUUUUGUCUUGGCUUGUAUAGGAGCUAUUGCUUUCAAUGUGUGUUUCCCUACAGCCAGCAAAUCUGACCAAACACAUUCAUACAUUCCAAGUGGCAUUUGACUGUUCUUUGAAAAAGAAGGGAGGAAUAGAGAGAAAUGUGCUCAGCCUACUGCCAUUUAUGUUUAUUGUUACAUUUUUGAGCAACUCUGAUCAGCACCAGACUAUCAUAGAGACUAGGUGAAUGUCUAGCUCAAUGAAACCAAUUUGAUCUAUUGAACAUGAUAUUUCACUCCAGGGAAUUGAUUGUAUCAUAUCACAGGAAAGUUCCUUCUCUCUUUCUCAUAUCAAUGUCAAGAAGUCUUCUUCAGUGGCUGAUAUGAUAAUACAUACAGGGGAAGAGGUAACCAUAGGGUGUAUUUACAUCUCCCUUAUCUGGAAAAUAACGGGUCAAAUAUAAGAACAUUUUUGGCCUCAAAAUAUCCUGAUUUCCUUUACUUUGCUUGACCAGAUAUUCUCGCAUUAAUGAUCCUGUAACGAGAAUGCACAUUAUUUUUCCCUUGCAUUAGAAUUGUUGUAGAGCACCUUCACACAGCCCUGUGAUCUUGGAUAAAUUCCUGCAAAAGUUUUCAUAAUUUGACAAGUACCUCCUAACUUCCUGGUAUUGUUUUUUUUCCUGGUUUAAAACCUGCUUUGAUAUCCUUUCACAUUGGUAAAGUAAAUGAAAAUUGCUGUCUGCAGAGGUGUGAAAGGACCAUAUAUUGUGUGUUUCUAAAGAUAGUAUGUAUUACAAAGUGAAACAUAAGUAGCCCCUGUAAUGUAAUAUACCUCCAAGAGUUUGGAGUAGACAUGUAUUCCUGAAAGAAAGGAUCCAUGCAGUGGUGUACACAAGACAGGAAAGAGUAAAUACUGGUAGCAAGUUCUUGUGAUAAGAAUCAUUGUGUGCAAUGCAAUCUUAGUAAAAAGUCAGUUGAAGAUUCCUUGAUUUAUAGAUAUUGAUCGUAUCAACAGCAUUGUAAGCAACUUGCGAUUAAUUGCAUGUCAAGUUUUGAUUCCAAAGUCAAUCAUACAUCCUGCAAUCGAUUGCACAUAUUGGUUUGCUAUGGGUGCACUCAAUAUAUCAAUUGUAAAUUUGCUUGCAAAAUCUGCAAUCAAUUGUUGAGAAGUUUCUUGCAACAGCCAUACAUUAUGAAUCAAGUAAAUGGUGUUUUGAUGAAAAAGGGCACAAAUUUACUCCCAGUCACAUUUUCCAUUUAUUUGACUUACAACGUAUAUUUACAACCGAGGGUACAACACACUUCACCUUCUGUAGGCCUCAAGCAUUGUGUUCUUUUCUUACAAUGUUGAUAAUAUUUAAAUGAUUUUGUCUGGCAUAUUAUGCAAAUAAUACGCACAAUGAGGUUUUUUUUAGGAACUGCUGACAUCGAGGUAUGUUUAUAACAGGACUAAUGCCUAGGGCCAUUGCCAAAAGCUUUUUUUUUGGCUUCUCAGUAUGGGGACAUUGUAUUAGUUACUGAAACCAUGUUACGUUUAUUUCUUAUUUCAUGAAAUUAUCAUGUGGAUCCUUGGUAUUUGAUAAGUCUACUUUAUCUCAAAAUCAUGACCAGUGUCAGUAAAUAAUUUGGGACUGUGUCACUGCUUGUACAUGUAAGUGAAAUUAUGCUUUUUAGGAAAAAAUAAGUUACCUGUAUUUUAUAGUAUUGUGCCAUUUUAGCACUCAACUACCCUCUAUUCUGAACUGAGGUGGUGAAAAUCAAACCUCAAGUAAUUUUCUGCUGCUUUUAUUUCUUAAAAUUUUCAGCUUACUCAUGGAAUUCAAAAGAAUACAGAUUGUUCUUGCUAAUGAGAAUAUCAAGUACACAGAGAAAUCACUUGGUACGUUGUGCACUGAAACCCUGUGUUAACAAUCCCUCAACCUUGAAAUGGAAACCCAAAUGGUGGAAGUUAGUCAUCCAAGGAACCAUUUCCAUGCAAUAGAACCUCUAUGCCUGUGCAUCAUCAAACUUUAUUUCAGCUGAUAAUCUUUAAUAGAACCUCAUUUUGUCUCAUUUACUGUCUCAAAUUACUACCUUAACCUCACUCUGUGCGUUCCCUGUGACGCCAGCUUGAUGCAUAUCAGUCAACUUAAAAAAAUAAAAUAAAACCCAGAAGGCGGAAGUGGUUUGCCGACUUCUCUAAAAAUCAGCGCCCCAUGCCUGCACACAAUAGAGUUAAAAAUAAUGAAUGUUGAGAUCGUUUUUAGACCUCCCUACACUGCAUAUUCUCACUGACUCCCAGGCCCACUUAAUAAAUAUGUUUAUACCGCCUGUGACCCUAACCUGAUCCUCGUCAGUCAAAUUUAAAGGAAAUGAAACCCAGAAGGUGUAUCAGUUGUCCAACUUAUCCACCCCCCAUCCCUUACACACUGUCAAGUAUUGCUGCCAGGGGCCUCUUUUUUCUUCAGAAUUUCCGCAUACUCUGCUUUACUUAAGAACACCACAUACCCUCGAUCUCUCCGACUCCUUGAUCCCUCUUUAACAUAGAUCCCCUAUGAACCCACCUCGAUUCACACCAACCAGCAAGAAACGUAGUUUAACCGAAAAGGCGGAAGUAGUUGCCUGCCUUCUCUAAAUGUCUGUUCCCUUAGCAGGAGAGGCUUUGUGCCAGCAUGCUAUUUAGAUAGAAUUUCAUAAUUUGAGGUGAAAGUUCUUUUUAAAGUCCCCAAACGUAUUUCUGAUUUCUAGACCCCAAUUUACAUACACUAUCUCCAUUGAGGCAAGGCUGCUCCCUGCCUACCAUAUAUUCCUUGUAUCGCAUAUUAUCAUGCUAAAUGUACCGUUAUUAUUGAACAUGACUGGGAAGCGUUGGCAGUACUCCAAGGUAUACAAUCAUGCUCUUUAUUAAAUUUGUUUGCAUUUCAGAAGCGAGUGAUUAUCACCAGAGUGAACUACUUAAUAGUCUUUACCAUUCAGACCCUAAUGUACCUAUAGUUGUGUUAUAGUUUGGAUUAUUAUCAAAUGAGAGUGAUAAUGGUGAUUAACAAGGGUUAUACAGGUGAGGGAAUAUCAAAAGUGUUACAGAUUCUACAAUUUUUCUGAAAAAUAGAACAAUUUUCUUGAAAAGAGUCUUCUAAAACAACUACUAUACAUCCAUGCAUGGCAGAAAAGAUAGCAUAUUAUUUUUCUACCUCAAAAGUGCAUUUUCAGGCCCAGAAAUAGUAUGAUAUUAUUAAGCUGUUUACAGUUCAUGGACUCCUCAUUUGAAAUGUAUGUAUACAAUGGAGGUGAAGAUAUGUAUGAUAACGGAGAGAAGAAAUGGUUGUUCUGUGUAAAAUUACAUUGACUCUCAACGUUAAAACCAGAGACCUGAAGUUCAGGUGAAUGCAUAAAGUCAGAGUCUGAAUAUCAAGUCUAUGCUGUCUGUCUGGGGUUUCAAAAAGGGAAUACCCUUUCCUGUACAAUAGAGAGGUUAAGAAAACGUUAUCACUUAUGCGAUGGAGUACCAAAGUGAUGACAUCACAUUUAUAUACUUUCUUUUGCAUUUCAUUGUUCAUAUAUCGCAGGAGCAUGAUCAAGAAUACCCACAGCACAAUGUAAUAUUGACCUGGUUCUCGACAUUCAGAAUCGGGCCAGUAAUGCAACACAUUGGCUUCAGUAGGGCUUAUUAGGUAUUCAUGUGGUCAUUUCUCGGGCCCUGUUGAACUGAUUCAUACCAAAUUUUAUCAUGGUUCUCCAAGGUAUGAUUGUAAGAGAAUGAAAUGAAAACUCUGUUUGUUUUUUUUAUGACCCCACACAUAGGUACUCUAAAACCCCUUAGCCUGGACUCUGAACUCAGGUUUAAAUUAAACCCUGAUUUAAAGUUGUGGUUUAACUAUGGAGAGCCAAUUGGGGCACAAAUCCCUAACAGAACACAUCCAAUUUAUUAACUCAUUUGACACUCAAAUUGUUUGGUAAUGAUAACUGAAGUAUUCUGAAGUAUUUUUCUUCAUUAUGAAAUCAACAGGAAACAAAACAGUAAGCAUAGGAGAUUAAACAUGAUUUUUUAAAUUUUGACUUUCCAUAAUUUUAGCACAGAGUUUAUAGACCGUGGUCUAAGUUAAACCUGAGUUCAGAAUACGGGCCCUUGUGUUAUUUCUUCCACCCAAGGAGAAUGAAUGAUAUGAACCACACCCACUCCCCCUUCAUCUCCAUAUUUCCAUCCAUAAUCAUUUUUCAUGGGUUGGAUGAGGGAGAUGGUUGUAUAGGUCAACUGGGUACAGAUCAGGCCCCAUCUUACAAAGAGUUACGAUCGAUCCAAUCAAUCGUAACUCUAUGGAAAUCCAUCAGUGUCAUAAUUUUUUCUAUAGGAAAUUUGCACAAUGUCCUUUGUAAACAAAGAGAAGCACAGUGAGUUUUCAAGAAAACAAUGAAUACAUGAAUAUACAUCAUAGUUGGAAAAUAUUUUGAACAACCAUGAAUAAUAGAUGUUGACGUUGCUGGCCGUCCAUAGUUGCGAUUGAUCGGAUCAAUCAAAACUCUUUGCAAGACGGGGCCAUGAUGAUUAAUGCAAUUUUAUAAAAAUGGUAGAAACCAGACCAUCUUGGACAUUUUUUUGUCUUUUUUUAAACUGAAGUUGAAAUUUUUGAGUUUGAUAUUUUGGGGUAUCUGUUUUUUGUAAAUUUUGUUUCUGUUGCUAGUGUUUUGUCUUGAAUUAUGCUUGUAAAUUAUUCCAGUUUGUGCUACUAAAAAAUGUUUGUAAAUGAUUUAUAAAAAAAUAUAUUAUAGCACAUCGCUGGUGUCUAAAUGAACGCUCUAUGAAUGGGCAAUUUUCUUGUUGCAAAGAUUUGUAAACUUCAUGAGUUGGUUGUGUUUUUUUAAAGCAACAAUAAAACUGUUAUUCUAAUGUCUGCUGUAUAUUGUUAUGUAAGAGAUGUAUGUUAUAUGUAGAUUUUGUACACUAUUGAAGAUUUUAACAAUUUUGAAUGUAAAAGUAUUUCACUUCCUAAUUUUCAUGUUGAUAUGGGGUUGAUAUCUAGGGGUUCAAAAGUCAAGUGCAAUUUAACUUUUGAUAUUUUUUCUUUUGUGUAGAAGUUAGCCACUUUUGAACUAUACACAUCCUCAUAAACAAUAUAUCAAUUUAACUUAUUUGAUUUGAAUACUCUUAUCAAAGGUUUGAAAAAAAUAUGUUCCAUUUAUUAAACUAUUUCACUGCCACACAGUUUGAAGCUUAAUGGUUGAAAAAAAUAACUCCAGUUCCCUUUACUAAUAUCUGUUGCUGAUAGUAGUUUAGGAUUUGAACUAUUUUAAUUUUCAUUCUCUCCACUGUAUGUGAUUUUCCCACUGAAAGGAAACCAAAACCCAAGAAAAAAAAGGAAUCUUAUUGGAAAGAAUAAAAUGAGAGGAACAUUUUAAAACAAGUUUCAUCAAAAUCGGUUGUGAAAUAAGCAAGUUAUGGACGGUUUAAAAAAAUCUUGUUGUAAUAUCUAUGGGGAUCUUCAAAUUGGCCACCAUGCUUCAGAAUCAUAGAUUUUGUCGACAACUCUCCAUUAGUUUUGUACACAAAUUUUCAGAUUUUACUUAUGAUCUUACAAAUUGCAUCUCACCUCCUUCCGAGCACAACAUAUAAAAUAUAAUUCACACUGCAUGAUGUCAAGGUCAGGAGGAGAUAAUGUGAAAUAUGUAAAAUAAAGGGGAAAAUCUGUUUUGGUUUCCUUUAAUACUGUAAGCAUAUUUAGGUACCUUAUCAAAAGUCAGAGACACAUAUUUCUCAUGGGAAUCCGUAAGUGGCCUUUCAAUAACAAUUCUCACAUUUUUUUCAAAGACAAAAAAAGGAAUACAGAAAAAAUGUAAUGAAAAGACGCAUAGUUUCUUUGGAGCAGGAAUCCUGCUAAAACGUGAGGCACAAGACUUUUGACAAGGUACCUUGGCUUAUCCAAAGAAUUUGUCAUUUCAUGGAUAGAAAUACAAAUUAUUUUUUCAGGUUAUUUUGGGUCAUCACUAUUUCUGUAGUUAUUGAAAGAAGUUAUCUAUGCAUUCUUACUUGCCUGUAUGUUUCUUGUAUUUUUUGUGAAAAGGUUUUUGUAUGUCGUAAGAUAUAUUAUUUGAAUGUACCCCAUUAAAUUUCUAUGGAUGAA